AGAGGAACUGCACUGGUCCUCGCCAACUUCAUGCUUGUGGUGUCAUUUGAUAAAGCCUUCUUCGGUCCUCCGGCAGCCGGCGUACCUAUCGUCCUUCAGCGGGCUGAACAUUUUCAAAUCGGACAAUCGAAAUUUCGACAGCAAAAGCUGAGGAGGAAGAAGAGAAGAGAGAUGGGGGAACUCAACCAGAGAGGAACGAACGGGGCGCGCAUUGGAAGAGGCGUUAUCAGAUAUGAGAACGCCUUGCACCCCUGCCUCGCCAUUAGAGAUGUCAGGUUCAGAUCUGACGGCGAGGAGACUGGAGCCUCCACCUCCAGUGAGGUGAGGACGUCGACAUUGGGUGGUGGCGUCGCCGUCGAUGACGCCGUCAUCGACGUGGGAGAAGCCAACCUUUCCAGCCUUGAUGACGGUGAUGUUGACGAAGCCAGGAGUUCCGGCGGCCUCACCGGUGGCCUGGAAGAUGGAGAAGGUGGUGGUGGAGCCUCUGGUGAUCUGGUGGAGCUUCUUGGAGCCGAUGGAGCCGAUGUAGUCAACGCAGAUGCGAAAGGAGAGGAUGUUUUCUCUCUAUCUGCAAUUAAAUGUGAUGUGAUGAUUGCGUGUGCGGGUGGAGUGGCGUGUGCAGAUUCACUAUGUGAAAAGAGGCCCGUUUUCAGCCUUUCAAACCGGCGUCGUUUUGAUACAAAAUUAUUGUACAAAAACCAAUUUCAAUUAAAUCUCUCAAACGGUGCCGUUUUGAACAAAAUGGAGCCUUUAGAGGAGUGCCACGUGGCGGCUAACAAAUGGGUUAUAUGGUUUUCUUAUAAGAUAGAGGAAGAUAAGGACGCAGAUCUAAGAAAUGGAGAGAGAGAUAGAGAGAGAGGGAAAAGAGAAGAAGGGAGA